AUGCCCAGGCCGCCGACACACUCGCCCGUCACGGGUGAGCCAGUUCCAGACUACUAUAUACACGCUUCUGACGCCUUCUUCCGCGAUACAAAAGGACGCGCCCUCCUCCUGCGGGGCGUCAAUCUGUCCGGUCAGAACAAAAGCCCCAUUGGCCAACCAUCACAAAAGCUUCAAGGCUUCUGGGAAUCCGCCGAGUCAGGUGGAGAAUCGUUCGUAGGUCAGCCACUCAACCUUCAGGAUGGCUCGGCAGACGUGCAUCUCGCUCGCCUCCGCUCUUGGGGCUUCAACUGCUUGCGCUACGUCUUUACGUGGGAGGCCAUCGAGCACAGAGGUCCCGGCCAAUAUGACACCCAAUACCUCGACUACACCGUCGCCGUCCUCCGCAAAGUCAAGCAGUACGGAUUUCGAGUGUUUAUGGAUCCACAUCAGGACCUCUUCUCCCGCUUUACCGGUGGUUCUGGUGCACCUUACUGGACCCUCAUCGCUUGUGGAAUGAACCCUCGCAACGUUACUGCUACGCAGGCCGCCUUCCUCCAAGCAGAGUGGCCCAGCGCAGACAACCCGGACCCAGCCGACUUUCCCGAUAUGCUAUGGGCAACCAACUACACUCGCCUCGCCGCCGCUUCCCUCUCCAUUCUCUUCUUCGCUGGCCGACACUUUGCUCCCCGAUGCAUCAUCGACGGUCAGAACAUCCAAGACUGGCUACAGUCCCAUUUCCUCAACGCCUGCAAACAGCUUCUCGACAAGAUCGUCGCCGCAGGCGAUCUCGUUGACGAGUGUGUCAUCGGUUGGGACAGCGUAAAUGAGCCAAAUCAAACCUACAUCAGCCUUGAGAGCAUCUCCAGCAUCCCUAAAUCAUGGCAGCUCAAAAAGGGCCCUGUCCCUACCCCUAUCCAAAGCUUUCGUCUCGGAGCUGGCCAAGCUCAGACAGUUGAAAAUUGGGUCUUCAGCUCACUCGGACCCAAACGUAGCGGCUCCGUCGAGGUGGAUCCAAAGGGAAAGCUGGCUUGGUUGACAGAGGAAGAGGACGAGGUUCAGGGUGGUUCCAAGUGGGGUUGGAAACGCGACGAGGCUUGGCCACUUGGUCAAUGCCUUUGGGCUGCUCACGGCGUUUGGGACCAAGCCACCGGCGAGGUCCUCAACGACGCUUACUUCCGCUGCUUCGAAGGCCCUGCUGGUACCAGACCCGCCGAGUUCGCCGAGGAUUACUGGCUGCCACACCUCCGAGAGUACGCAAGUCUCAUCCGGUCGGCUCAUCGCGAAGCCAUCAUGUUCAUUCAGCCACCCGUCUUCGAGCCACCACCCAAGUCACUUUCUCAGGAUGAUCUCAAGCAACGUGCGUGUCUCUCUGGCCACUUUUACGAUGGUCUCACCCUCAUCACCAAGCACUGGAAUUGGUUCAACGCAGAUGCUGUGGGUCUGCUGCGAGGCAAAUACCGUGGUGUCCCCUUCGCAAUCCGUAUAGGCAACAAGGCCAUCCGUCAAUCUAUCCGAGACCAGCUGGGCUAUCUUCGUCAGGAUUGUUUGGACGGCCUCGGUCAAUAUCCUACCCUGAUUGGUGAGAUCGGCAUCCCCUAUGACCUCGACAAGAAGAAAUCCUACUACGGUGACAGCAAGGGACGAGGCAUCGGAGACUAUUCAGCGCAGACCUUGGCUCUCGAUGCGUCGCUCAACGGCUGCGAUGGCAAGAAUCUUCUCAGCUACACUUUGUGGACCUACUGUCCAGACAACACGCAUCAGUGGGGCGAGGAUUGGAACGGCGAGGACCUCAGCAUCUGGAGCCAAGACGACGUCAAGGGAGCUGACGCCGGCGACUCGUCCGAGCGAGCAAGGGCCGCGUCCGUAUCGAGCGAACGCUCUAAAACUCUCAGUACGGUCUCGUCUGGCACCAAUUCUAGAUCCAGCAUCAAUCUGCCCGAGCUCGUCCAAGGCGCUGGCAACUACAAUGCGCCCAGCCUGCUCAACGGCUCGCGCGCAGCUGCCGCCUUCUGUCGUCCAUUUCCGGUGGCUACCGUCGGCACGCCUGCAAGCAUCGACUUUGACAUCAAGUCGUCCGAGUUCAGCUAUGCUGUCGACAUGACUGGCGCCGAGUUGGACGACGCCGGGCUCGCGACAGAUAUCUACCUGCCGUUCCUUCACUAUGGCGCUGACGAUAUUGCUGCAGCUGCCAGCGGCGAUCGCGGCAACAGGGGUAAAGGAACCAACAGAAGCAGAGAGAACAGCACCGCUUCCGAGCGCUGGGCUCGAAAGCAAGAGCAGAAGAUCCGUUCUGCCGACUCUCUCGCAUCUUCAACCUCGAGCCUCAACACCGGUGAGUCAUCGAAUUUCGACGACGACGUGUCAUCCUCUUCGGGGUCAACCGUCAAUGGCAACUCUACCGAUCCUUCGGGAGCAGCCUCGACCAGGUCUGCCGCACAGCUAGCCGCCUUGGAGCAACUUCUUUCGCUCGAUGUAGAGGUCUCGGCGGGUCGAUGGGAAGUGGAAGGCCAGUAUCUGAAAUGGUACAUCACGAAGGCAGAGGCCAUCGCCGACGACGCCGGAAACCCUACCAACGGUGUCUUCCGCCAUUCGAUCAAGGUCAAACGCAAAGGCGGACCCGUCAAGCUCGAGAUGUCGGGCAGUGCGUGGGACAUCCUAUGUUCCUGUGGCCUUCUCUAG